AUGGCCCCGAUCCAGAACAUCGUCCAUCUACCCAAUGGCCAGAAUCUGACCGUUCUGCCCGUCUUUGGCGGGUUUUUCUUCAAAUCCAACGACCUCAACCUCCAUCACAAUGUUUUCCCGGCGGGGUGGACGGUCAUCCUGCAGACUGAGGACUUCUCCGACGAGCACACUCGCGACUCCGAAGAUGCAGAGCUCAGUGGCAUGCCAAAGGAAAAGAAGCGCCAUAUCCAUCCUUUCAAGCAACCCACUCUGCAGAAUGAUAACCUCUUUAUAUCCUCCAUCUCGAAUCCUUCAAGCAGCGACUUUAAAACCCCCUCGAGUCCUACACGGCAGAUUGCGAUGAUGCUCUGGGCAUCCUUAUAUUGGUACUUUCAUCAGCAGGAGCCUUCACCGUACCUGACCACCGAGGCAUCGAAGAGCACACCCAACGAGGGAAAGCCGAGGGGAGAAUGGCGCAUAAACAUCAAACGAGAGGGUGUAUUUCGAGGGCGGAACUUGAUACAAAAACUGGAACGAAUGGGCUUGAUAACCUCGGAAGACUCGAGAGUGGGUAUCAAUCCCGAGGAAAAUACCCCAGAAGGAUGGUCAGAGAUGUUCACGGCAAGAAGAACAUUCUGGCAGCUUUCUGCAAAAUUAUUCCUCUUCACCUUGACUCCUGCAGGUGGAUCUUCGUUUCUAGGCUCCCCAUACAACAGUAGACCAAGCUCACCCGUCCGCGGAGACAGGAAUCAUUCCCCAAACCACAGAGAUUCCUCGGAAUCUUUUGCUGCACAACCACCUGCAAGUCCAGGUCUAUGGUCCUCCUCCACCCCAGGACCAUUCUCAUCAGGAAGUCAUCUGCCAACAUAUUUCCCUCCUCCACCUCUGCCAUAUACGACCACCGCUGGAAUACGCCAUCCAAUGCGUCCCAAGCCUCCUCGACAAGGUGAAAUAUUCUACACUCGCUAUGUUCCCAGCGCAGGCCAAUACCUAGCAUUUCGAGCAGCCUCCCUUUCUCCUAAGCCUGUUGCCUAUAACGAUCUGACACCACCAUCCCCUGCUGCAGAACCGCAAGAUACCACCCUGAUGACCGACCUUCAGCUUCUGAACAAAUGGAUGAAUGACCCCCGAGUCUCCAAAUUCUGGGGCUGUUCCGGACCCCAAAGUACGCAAGAGUCCUUCCUAAAAUCCAACCUCAGCUCCAACCAUUCUUUCCCAGCCAUUGGCCUCUGGGAUGGUAAGCCAUUUGGAUAUUUCGAGAUAUACUGGGUAAAAGAAGAUAUCCUAGGCAAGAACUUAGGCGACCGAGCCGGUGACUAUGAUCGGGGUGUCCACGUCUUGGUCGGCGAAAACGAGUUUAGAGGGAACAAGAGGGUCAAGGCUUGGAUAACCUCAUUGGCUCAUUGGGCGUUUGUCCAAGACUAUAGAACGAAUGCUGUUGUUCUGGAGCCGAGGGUCGAUAACGAGAGAUUUAUCUCGCAUCUCAACGAGGCCGGCUUCUUGAAGGAGGGCGAAAUCACUUUUCCGCACAAGCAGAGUGCGUUUGUGAAAUUGCGGAGGGAGAAUUUUGAGACGCCGUCUUUAUGA